AUGCCGGAGGGCAACAAGAUUCAGGUGCCUGCAGUCGUUCAGAUGGGCAUGGAAGUGAAGCCGGCCAUGGAGCAGUCAUCCAGAGAAUAUGAUAUGGCGAAGUGGUUUGAGCAGAUGCAGCAGCAAGUCGUGGGCUGUAUCGUCUUGGCUUGCAUUCAUUUGCAAUGGGGCUACAUUACCCCCUUGGCGCUUCAGUGUGUCACGGCGCCGCUUCAGUUGCUUGAUUCGCCACUCGUGAAGAUUCACUUGCUGGGGCAACCUCCUCAUGGAGCCUUGAAGAGGCCAUUUCCAGAGAAAAGCCUGCUGCCGUUUCCUUUGCCUGAAGCGGAGCCCACCAAGGAGAAGGAGAAGCCCAAGAAAGACAAGUCCAAGAAGAGCAAGUAG